AAUUCCUACUUACCUAUUAUAUUUAGUUGUACAAUGAAAGACCAUUCGAUAAUAUUUUUGGGGUCAGAGCCUUCGAAAGAAAAGGAUUUCGUAACGCGCGCCCUAUCUUAUUUCACAAUGCCCGCAGAUGAUCUGCCGAAAAGGAUAUUGCUAUCAUUUACACCACCGUUACGCUCUAGAUUUGUGUAUGUGGACUUCUUAGGACCGUGUUUGGCGUUCAUACUGUUGGCUACAAUACUCGGCUAUGGACAUGCAUACAAAACACCAUCCGCCAUUUAUCACAGAUCGCCCACCGAAGUCUUGGCCAUAUAUUGUCUAUCGAUGCCAGCAAUUUGUUAUGUAUUAACCCGUUUAGGGAAGUCUAGUAUAUCUUUUUUGCAAAUAUUGUCAUUAUUAGGGUACGGUCUUUAUGGUUAUGUAUUUACGCUUGUUAUUAGUUUUAUAUCAGAUGAAACGAAUAAUGUAAUAUUUUAUUUGUCCUUGAUAUUGUUUACCGGCACUAGUGUUUUUAGAACAUGUCUUAUUAUAUUGCUAACUAUUAAAUUACCUGCCAUCAGACUGUUAGUUUGCAGUAUCAUUGCUAUUUUACAAACACUGUUUGUUGUGUUUUUGUAUUUUACAUUUGUUCAUUCAAGCUUUGCGUUUCGCAAACACUAGAUAUCUCAAGCUGUACAUAGCUAAUUGUUAAUUAGGUCUAAAUAUUGAAUAAAUUAAUGUGCACAUUUAAAGUCA